GUUUCACACUUGGAUCAUGCAUCCAGGGACAGACAAAAGGGAUUUGGAUGUGGUGUGUACCUCAUCCAACUAAAUCAGAAAGUGUUUUACUGCUGCUGGACACAGAUGGGCUGGGGGAUGUUGAGAAGGGUGUUUCUAAGAAUGAUGCUUUGAUAUUUUCUUUGGCUGUACUUCUGAGCAGCACCUUUGUAUACAACAGUGUGGGGACUAUUGACCAAGACAGUUUGGAGAAGCUGCAAUUUGUGACAAAGCUGUCUGAUCUGAUAAAGCUGAAAUCAUCACCAUCAAAUGAGGAGGAUGAAGAUGAGUCUGCUGAAUACAAGAGGACCUUCCCAUCAUUUGUAUGGUGCAUCUGGGAUUUCUCUUUAAAGCUGGAGCAGGAUGGGAGGCCAGUCACUGAGGACGAGUAUCUUCAGAAUUCCCUAAAGCUAAAGAAAGGAGUGGGAAGAAACAUUUCAGAUUUCAACUUACCCAGAGAAUGUAUCAGACACUUCUUUCAUUCACACAAAUGUUUCACGUUUCAACAACCGGUGCACGGAUCACAACUUCACAAUUUGGAAAAGCUGCCAGAAAAUCAGUUGGACAAACAAUUUGUGCAACAAAUGCAACAAUUCACUAGCUAUGUAUAUCAGAAUAGCCAGCUGAAGACUUUGGCUGGAGGCCAUGUUGUAACUGGGAGAAUGCUGGGAGCUCUCACAGUCACAUAUGUAGAAGCAAUAAGGAGUGGCUCAGCUCUUGCAGAGAUAGAGAAUACAGAAGCUGUGCAGGACACUUUAUCUUCAUAUGAGGCCGGCAUGAACUUGUUGGCAAACAAGUUUCCAACAGAAACCCAAGAGGAGUUGUUAAAUCAUCAUAGUGAGUGUGAAAAGAAGGCUUUAAAAGUAUUUAUGAGCAAAUCAUUUAAGGAUGACAAACGAGAAUAUCAGGCCAAACUUAUGAAAUUUCUACACCAGAAAUCUGAAGAGUUUUCCAAACACAAUGAAGAAAAAUCUAUCAUAAUAUGUAGGAAUCUAAUUAAGCAGUUAAGUGCUAAUCUGGAUAAAAAGUUAAAACAUGGAGAUUUCUGCAAGGCCGGAGGACACAAGCUAUUUACAGAAGAAAAACAGAAGCUGAUAGAUGAGUAUAAUACCACCCCUGGGAAAGGAAUAAAGUCUCCCUCGCUUUCCCUUAAUUCUCUUUUGUGUACACAAAUUCUGAAAGCCAGAAACAUGGAAAAUGUCAACAAUGGAGCUCACUGUAUAAUUUGUGUUACUGGGGAUUAA